UUCCAGCAAAUGUUAAUACAACAUCAGUGAACAACAACCAUAAAAGCAAGAGAGGCAACCUAUGAGAGAAGUUGAUACACUAUGGAAGGUCUAAAUAAACAUAUAGAUGAAAUGGAUGAAAACUGUAAGCAGAUUCAUCAGUUAUUUAUUGACAGGGAGCUUGUACCAAAUGAAGCAUACCUGAACAUGAUCACCUCCCUCUCCAAGGCACUGUACAUCAUAGAAGACCUUUCAGAGGAGGAGAAAGCCCCCAUAAAAGAGCGUGUGCAUAAGAACUUUGAAGAGAACAAAGCCUUAAAUGGGAUGGUGACUAUUCUAACAAUAACAUGGGACACAAGUUUCUCGCUAUGGAACUCUGAUUCUAGUGGAAUAGAAUGCAAGUGCU